AUGAAAGUCCUCUCCCAGAAGUACAACCCGCAGAAGACGUCCGCGAGAAGGAAAACCCCUCGUAACGACAGGUAUGUCCACCACGAGGGAGAAGAUCUCCAGGGCGAGCAUAAUUAUGCUAACAACUCCAAACAGGGAAAGACUUCUGGAAAUAUCUGGACCAAGAACCAGUUCAAGUAUAAUUCCUACUGCGAGUUCCACCAGACCAGAGGUCAUUCCACUAUGAACUGCAAGGUUCUCGGCGCUAGGAUUGCUGCAAAGCUCUUCGCCGGCGAAAUUUCGAAGGUCAAAGGCAUAAAAGACCUCCUCCUGGAUUUCGAUCGCCCUCCCAAAACUGAUAAAGAGUCUCCCAAAACUGAUAAAGAGUCUCCCGAAAAUGACACCCGCAAAAAUCAGUCGGGCGAGAAACGUGGAAGGAGGCAGGAUGACCGAGGAAACGACAGAAACCGUCGAAGGGUGAGCAUGAUCAUCGGGGGAUCGCAAUUCUAUCGCGAUUCGGUCUCGUCGAUCAAAGCUUAUGGACGGAGAGAUGAGACGAGUUCAAGCUGGCUGGCUCGGUCCCCAACCGACGAUGCCCCUAACGAUACGAUCAUCUUCGAAGAGCGGGAAACCAUCGGAAUCGACAAACCUCACUGCGACCCAUUGGUUAUCAAUCAGGAAAGCACAGUCAAUGUCAUCUUCCGCGAUACCCUCUGGAGGAUGAACAUUGAAAUCGGAGAAGUCGUCCCGGAACCAAAACCUGUCACCGGUUUCUCAGGUGCAACGUCAAUGACCCUCGGAUCAAUCAAACUCCCAGUGAUGGCUAAAGAGGUGACGAAAAUCUUUGACUUAGCGACGUAG